UUUAUCACAGUUGUGUCGUUAUUGUCCACGAGACACAUUUCAAGCUCCCGGUUAUUCAUUCAGUACGUACCCCAUCACCGAAAACAACCAGUGAAAGCCGGUAAAGUAGCAGAAAACGUGCGUCAUGGCAGACGCAGAGCCCGGCGAAGACGCCGUUCUCGGCGUCGUUUCGAAACCACCUCCCAAAAAGAAGAAACCCGAACAAGGCACGGUGGUGGUCCCCAAAACCGUGUACGACGUCCAGCGACUCAAACUCGAGCGCCUCAUGCAAAACCCGGACAAACCCGUUCUGAUACCGGACCGCCCCAAGGGCCGCAGUCCCCACGACGCCCCCGAAUUCGUCCGAAACGUGAUGGGAAGCAGCGCGGGCGCCGGGUCGGGUGAGUUUCACGUCUACCGGCACCUACGUCGCAAGGAGUACGCACGCCAGAAGUACAUCGACCAGAAGGCGCGCCAGGACGAAAAAGACCAGGAGUUCCGCGAACGCGUCGAGCGCAACAAGCGACUGGCCGAGGAGAGAACGGCCAAGAAACGCGCCAAACGGCUCAAGCGCAAGGCGAAGCUCAAGGACAAGAAAAAGCAGACGGGCAAGGAAGGCAACAAGGAGGAUACCAAGCACACGGAAUCUGACGAUGAUGAUGAUGAUGACGACGACGACGAGGGUAACGAAGGUACUAACGACGACCAGGAACAGCGGUCGGGACCGGACGAACAGAGCAAGAGCACGGCAGAUGAAGCAGAAAACGAAGUUACUGAGGAAGACGAAAAAGUGGCCGAAGCAGACGACAAGGUUGCUGAAGCAGACGACAAGAUCGUUGACGCAGCAGACGACAAUGUUGCUGGAGCAGAUGGCAUCAAAGUUGGGUUCGGCACUCGCUUCCAAGAAAGAAUGGCUAAACCAACCGUCCUUCUGUACCAGGUGCUGACCAUGCUGCUGAUCUGUACCGAGCACGGCUUAUCCGAAGAAGACCGCGUCAUCGGGGCUGCUUAUAGAACUAUCACCACCAGCCGUAUCUACGACACGAUUACGGCCACGGAGCAACACCACGUGCCAGUUCUGCUACCGUCACCCUCAUACGGAAGUUCCUCGUCAACGGCACUGCAAGCGCUGCCUAUAAAGGAACGCCUCACUCGCGGAUACGACAGUGGGCUCGGCACUCGCUUUCAAGAAAAAAUGGCUAAACCACCCGUCCUUCUGUACCAGGUGCUGACCAUGCUGCUGAUCUGUAUCGAGCACGUCCCAUCCAAAGAAGACCGCGUCAUCGGGGCUGCCUAUGGAACUAUCACCACCAGAGGUAUCUACGACACGAUUACGGCCACGGAGCAGCAGCACGUGCCAGUUCUACAACCGUCACCCUCAUACGGAAGUUCCUCGUCAACGGCGCGGCAAGCGCUGCCUAUAAAGGAACGCCUCACUCGCGGAUACGACAGUGGGCUCGGCACUCGCUUUCAAGAAAGAAUGGCUAAACCACCCGCCCUUCUGUAA